AUGCGCGGCGAGCACGCGAUCAAAGGGUUGCGCCGGGAGGCGAGCAUGUACACGGGCCCGCUGCGGAAACUCCAGGGCAAGGUCGUCCCAGUCUUCUACGGAUUCUUCACCGGGAACGUUGAGGGUGUCGAUAUCGGGUGCAUCGUGCUCGAGUGGUGCGAGGACUGGGAGCUGACGCACAAGCCGCCUCCGAAGGAGGAGAUGAAUGAGCGAUUGAAGGCGGUGCGGGAGCUACACGCAGCGGGUGUCAAGCACGGGAAGUUGUACAAGACGCGCGAUUCGGUCGGUCCCUUCGACAGUCGACACUUCCUGCACGACAAACAUGGGGCUACGCGCAUCGUGGGCUUCCAGCACGCGUCAAUGCACAAAUGCGCGGGGGGCCUUGGCAAGCAUGACGACGUGAAAGCUUGCUUAGACGACAAGUGCAGAGAGCUGUGUUAUGUCGAGGUGCAUUGGCGGAGGGCGUGCGGAGUGGCCCCGGAGGCUCGGUGGCAGCCCUUUUAG